AUGCCCGUCCGCGUCACUCCGCGGGCGGAGGACGCACGUCGGGGCGCGGGUCCCUGGCUAGUUUGCGGCUCAGGCUGACUCUUUCGCCUGGCGAAGGUCCCCGCGAGCCCCAGCGCCUGCCUGGAGGCAACGGCAACGAUGCAAGGAGCUGCCCGUGCUCCGGCCACCAGCGUGAGUGCCGACUGCUGCAUCCCGGCCGGCUUGCGUCUGGGGCCGGUACCCGGCACCUUCAAGCUGGGCAAAUACCUGUCAGAUCGCAGUGAGCCCGGGCCCAAGAAAAAGGUGCGCAUGGUGAGAGGGGAGCUGGUGGACGAGUCGGGGGGCUCCCCUCUGGAGUGGAUAGGGUUAAUCCGGGCAGCCAGGAGUCCCCAGGAACAGACUCUGGAAGCUAUUGCAGACUUACCCGGAGGACAGAUCUUCUACCGAGCAUUAAGAGAUGUCCAGCCAGGGGAGGAGCUGACAGUAUGGUACUCCAACUCCUUGGCUCAGUGGUUCGACAUCCCCACAACUGCAACCCCCACGCACGACGAGAAAGGGGAGGAGCGCUACAUUUGCUGGUACUGCUGGAGAACGUUCAGAUACCCCAACAGCCUUAAGGCGCACCUGCGUUUCCACUGCGUCCUUAGUGGUGGCGGGGGCCGCGCCUUCCUGCACCACGAGCACGCAGCUCGUCCAGGUGCUGCCCCAGCUGCAGCGGAUGGCUUCGGCCUCUCCCCGAAACCCACUGCGCCGGACUUCGCCGCGUCAGCCCAGGCCGGCGCUCUGCGGCCCCCAACUCAGGCUCCGCAGCUUCCCCAGGUCUGCGGCGCUCGGGAGGGCAUCAAGCGCGAGGCCUCCUCCGCGACUUCGACCUCCUCGCCACCCCCGGGCAAAUGGGGGCCGCUGAAAAAGGGCAAGGAGCAGCAAGAGCGGGUCCUGGACGCGAGCGGGGCGGUCCGAGCGCACGGCCACUUCCUGGGCGUAGUGGGCGGCUCGGCAGCAGGGAGCGGCAGCCUGGCCUUCUACCCAGCGGCGCGCUCGGCUUUCAAGCCCGCGGGCCUGGCCAGGGCAGCGGCGGCCGCGCACGGCGACCCCUACCGGGAGGAGGGCGGCGGCAAGCAGGGAGCCGGCCAGGCGCUGGGCAGGCUUCUGGGAGGCGGCCGGGCAGGCGGGCGCCCGGGGAGUGGAGAGACCCCGGCGGCCGGGGGCGUGGGCCACCACCACCACACGCACCACCACCACCACCACCACCACCCCAAGUGCCUGCUCGCGGCCGACCCGCCGCCGCCGCCGCCUGGCCUGCCCUGCUCCGGGGCCCUGCGCGGCUUUCCGCUGCUCCCGGGUCACCCCGAGGAGGGCUCCGCCUUCAAACACGUGGAGCGAGCCCCUCCCGCCGCCGGCACCUUUCCCGGAGCGCGGUACGCACCACUGCCCCCAGCACCCGCGCUGCCCCUCGAGCGCUGCGCCCUCCCGCCGCUCGACGCGGGCGGCCUCAAGGGCUACCCGGGCGCCGAGUGCGGCCACCUGCCUGCAGUCAUGCCAGCCUUCACCGUCUACAAUGGGGAGCUGCUGUACGGCUCGCCGGCUGCGGCCGCCUACUACCCGCUCAAACUGCACUUCGGGGGGCUGCUCAAGUACCCCGAGUCCAUCUCCUACUUGAGCGGGGCUGCUGCGGCUGCGGCCGCGGCUGCUCUGAGCCCCGCGGAACUGGGUUCCCUGGCCAGCAUUGACCGGGAGAUCGCCAUGCACACCCAGCAGCUGUCCGAGAUGGCCCUGGCCGGGAAAGGCCGCGGCCGCUUGGACUCAGGGGCGCUGCCGCCCGCCGUGGUGACGGCCGGAGGCGCUGGGAGCGGCGGCAGCGCGGGUGGCGGCGCAAGCAAGCCCAAGACCGGCCACCUGUGCCUCUACUGCGGCAAGCUGUACUCGCGCAAAUAUGGGCUCAAGAUCCACAUGCGGACGCACACAGGCUACAAGCCGCUCAAGUGCAAAGUAUGCCUGCGGCCCUUUGGCGACCCCAGCAAUCUCAACAAGCACAUCCGACUGCACGCCGAGGGCAACACGCCCUACCGCUGCGAGUUCUGCGGCAAGGUGCUUGUGCGCCGCAGGGACCUGGAGCGCCAUGUCAAGUCCCGCCACCCCGGCCAGAGCCUACUGGCUAAGGCCGACGACGGCCCGGGCCCCGAGCCGGGCUAUCCCCUGGAGCCUAGGGAUCCCAAAAGCGACGACAGCGACGUGGACGUCUGCUUCACGGACGACCAGAGCGACCCAGAGGCCGGAGGCAGCGGCGAUCGCGACUUGUAA